GGAUCUACUUUUUAUGUAAACGAUCCACCACGUGCAGGUACCGGCGACAAUGGGAGCGUCGAGGAAGAGAAAACCCACCACGGCUCGGCGACUUUGCCGGGUGGUUGUAGUUUAGGUUCAACCCACAGCGCAGCGCCGGUCAAAUUUCCCUCGGAAGAGGGCUCGGAGUGCUCGAGCGUCACCAGCGAAAGCGGUCCCGGGAGCAGAGGUCAAGCGCACGCUUGCCACAGUAAUAAUGCCGCUUUCAGCUUGAAGUCCAUCUUCGUUGAGCUGCAGGAGCACCGGGAGAACUUCGAGCGUAUGCGGGAGAAAUUGGAAACGCUCAAGACACUUCAACAAGAAGUAACAUUUUUAUCAAACGCACUGCAAGAAGAGCGCUUUCGGUGCGAGAGACUCGAGGAGCAAAUGAACGACUUGACCGAGUUGCAUCAAAAUGAAGUUGAAAAUUUGAAGCAGACGAUAACAGACAUGGAAGAGAAGGUCCAGUACCAAAGUGAAGACCGCUUAAGGGACAUUCACGAGAUGCUGGAGAACUGUCAGACCAAAAUAUGGAAAAUGGAGCACCAACAGCAGCAGCACCAGCAAUACGUAACGCUGGAGGGCCUGGACAAUAGUAACGCGCGAGCGUUGGUUGUUAAAUUAAUCAACGUUGUGCUAACUGUUUUACAAGUCAUUUUGUUGCUUGUAGCCACGGGCGCGGGUAUAAUGAUGCCCUUUUUGAGAACGAGCUGUACUAAGCCUCAUUGUUUCAUGUGCAGGGUGCGCAUAUUGACGACAACUUUGGUCGUCCUGGGCAUUAUCUUUGUCCUCAAGCAGUGGCCCGAGGUCCACGAUGUUGGGAGCCAUUUGAUGAGACACCUCAAGCAAACGCUUGCCGUUAAGUAG